AUGUUUGUUUACCCAAGCAUACGGGAUUUAUGUGGAUUUCUAAUGAACCUUUUUUUUGAGGUAUUUGGGUCACUUGAAGAAUUGAAAAAUUGGGUAUACAAAAGAGAAGUUGCGAAAGGUUACGUCAUUGUCACCCAACGAACGAGGAAAAAAGGCGAAGGUGCGUCAUCAAGGACAGUGAAGAUAUGGUUGCAAUGCGAUCGUGGCGGCGAACACAAAAGUAAAGCAUUCGUUCGGCGUUCCGGUAGCAAAAAGGUCGGUUGUCCUUUUAGUCUGAUAGGGAAACUAGACUCAAGUAGUGGUAGUUGGAGCCUUGUGGAGAAGAAAAACAUUCACAACCAUGAGCCUGCUGAAUUUCUCGAGGGCCACGCGUUUGCUAGAAGGCUGACCCCGGAUGAAAAAUCACUGGUAGAGAUACUUUAUAUGCAAGACAUGGAGCCUACAAAUAUACAUUUAACCAUAAGAAAUCAGUACCCACAUAGCGUGUGCAUUCUACAAGAUGUACAAAACGUGAUUAAAAAGAUUAAACGAAAAUGUAUGGCGAUCGAACUCCAAUGCAGAUAUUGGAGAGCAUGUUGCAAGAAGAAAGGUACGUUUAUUUCACCAGAGUGA